UGGCGUUCUCCGUGCGGUUUAAUCCUAUGAAUUUGUAUUGAUCUUUUUAAACUGAAACUGCUUAAUUAGCGAUGUGUACGAACAUGAGAGCAUUUGAACCUUUGGCUAAAAAAGAACUGAAAACGGAGGGAUUUACGGUGAAGUCCACCAUGAAGAAUUCAGUGGUGGUGGGCCCUCCGGCUGCAGGGGCUUUCAGAGAGAGGCCAGCUAAACCCACGGCCUUCCGUAAGUUCUACGAGCGUGGAGACUUCCCCAUCGCCCUGGAACAUGAUUCUAAAGGCAACCGCAUUGCAUGGAAGGUGGAGAUUGAAAAACUGGACUACCAUCACUACCUCCCCCUGUUCUUUGAUGGUCUAUGCGAGACAGUUCACCCCUAUGAGUUCUUCGCUCGACAGGGCAUCCAUGACAUGCUGGAGCACGGUGGCAGUAAGGUCCUGCCUGUUAUUCCACAGCUCAUCAUACCCAUCAAGAAUGCCCUCAACACGAGGUGCAGGCAGGUCAUCUGCACCACGCUGAAGGUUCUGCAGCACCUGGUUGUUUCAGCAGAGAUGGUGGGUGAGGCGCUGGUCCCGUACUAUAGACAGAUCCUCCCCAUCCUGAACAUCUUCAAGAACAUGAACAGAAACUCAGGUGACGGUAUUGACUACAGCCAGCAGAAAAGGGAGAACAUUGGAGACCUGAUCCAGGAGACGCUUGAGGUGUUUGAACGCUACGGGGGCGAGGAUGCCUUCAUCAACAUCAAAUACAUGGUGCCCACCUACGAGUCCUGCCUCCUCAACUAAAAAGAGCGGAGAACUCACACACACACACACACAUUCUUAUUCAAACAUGUAAAC